GCCUCCACAUCCUUUCCCUCCUUGUUCUCACCUCUUUCUCCCUUUUAUUCUUCUCACCAAAACUGCAAGCUUCCCGCUGCUCCCCCCACAUAAUUCCAUUGUUGUAGGUCAUCAUCGUCUCUCCACCUCGACUGAUAUCCACAACCUCACCGCUCGUCACCAUAGCCAACAGUAGAGGAGAAAUAAUCUUCUCUUCUCUCUUUCUUCCUCAACCUCCUGUUCUAUCUUCCCUCCCUAUACUGCACCUCCACAACCUGUUUUGGUUUCACAACAGCUUAUACUGCAGGCCAACCGUCGUUGCACGAACUCUCUCCUCCGCCCGACAACAACACCACCACGAGCCCGCCCCCAUACAAGAGUCUUCCACCAUUGUAGCUCAUCAACGUCUCCCCACCGUGUCAGCUGUCACCAUCCGCGUAGCCACCAGGUGAAGAGAGUUCAUCCUCCAUCGUAAGUUGAUAAGCUAAAAUGUCGAUAAUACUCUCCUUUCCGUAAGUUGUCAAAUUUAAACGGGAAAGAUAGUGUCAGUAUUUAAGAUUGUUUGGAUAACAUGAUAAUAUUGUUAAGAAUUUUUAUAGAUUUAUCUACAAUUAAAUAGUUUGAUUAAAAAAAAUAUUUAUAAUUAAUAUUAUCUGAACUUUUCAAACCAUUAUCUUCAUAACAUUUUAGAAAGGUAUUAAUGUCAAUUAAACUUAUAUCAAAAAAAUUAAUCUAAAUUUUCAUACAUUAUAAUGAAACUUUUAUUUCUUUCUUUUACUACUACCCAAAGUUAAUUAAAAAAUCAGCCAAUAAAAUUAAAUUUUCAUACAAAAAAAUAUUUUUGCCAUCAUUUUCCUUAAGAGAAAUUAACAAAACAACAAGUACACAACUAAGAAAAAUCUGAGAAGAAGAUCUUUAGAUGUAUCUCUUCGAACUGGCCUAAAUCAUAACAUGUAGAGAAUAUUAUUUUAUACUUUCUUUUUGGUUUGUGUGAAGUUUCAGCAUGUGAAAUACUGUUCAACAGUUUAAACAUUAGCCAUUGUUAUGGUUGGAGAACAUUAAACAUUAGCCAUUGAAUCAACACCGAGAAGAAAGCAUGUGCUUCCUCCAGCCAAAACAUCGGCAUCUGCGUAUGAGUUGACCUGUGUGGCAUGGCAAUCCACGAAGGAUCCUCUCGGCCUUUUGACUUGUCUGGUUUCGAGGAAGAAGAAGAAAUAUGAGUUCUCAACCCACCACGGACACAUCUGCACCCUUCACUCCACCUAAGUAUUGUUCCGACGGUUACCAUAUGCACUGUAACGUAAAUCUAAUGCUGUCAUCCAUCUAUAUAUGGACCUGUUGCCAAAUACUAUAUUUCCACCUCCCCACAAAGCUUUCCAAGUUUCAAGGGAUCAACACUCCCUAUCUAAAUCCCAUGGUGUUCCCAUAUCUCUAUUUCUCAGUCGCCGCUGCCACUCCUAUUCCAUUCGAUGAUCACAGUCCUUCCCAGUGCCGGCGGACAUCUCCGGUGAGUGACUGCUAACACCGGCUUUGGCCUAAAGUCACUAUCUUCUCUCUCUCUCUGCAAUCAUGUUCACGGACGAUUGAAUAGGGCACGGCACAGAUGCUUUGACUGCAUAGCACAUGCCAAUAAGAGAAAGUUGGAAAACUACGGAAGACGCAUCUUCUCCCUCUCUUUGGAGAAGAACUCGCAAGGGACAUCGGCGGCUACUUUACGAUUAGAUCCCUCACACAGGUUGACGAUUGGAGCAGCAAAGGUCGGAUCUGUCUCGGGCCUCGUCGAACCACAUUCUCUUGAGUUGGACGAGCGUGGCAGGACCUUAUAACCUCAUAUUUUAGUGCGAGAUCGCAUCAAACCAAGGUUAAGAGAUCUGAGGAGGGUUUUGGCGACAUAAAAUGGAAGCGAGAGGCAGCAAGAGCUACCAAAGCUUGGACAUGUCCGGGGAUAAUUCGGAAGCGCAGCCGGAGAGGCACAGCUCCCGUAUUCUGAAGCCAUGCGUGCUCCUAGUCACCUGCUUGGUAUCGGUGCUGUUGGUGUUCCUCGUCGGAACCCAUAGGACGCCAUCUUGGGAACUGCUGCGGCCAGUUGGUGCAGGAGCCGGAAUAGGUCGGAAAAAUAGCUCCUCCGAGGCACCCAAUGACAGACUCCUUGGCGGCCUCUUGUCUCCUGACUUCGACGGAGAGUCCUGCCUCAGUCGAUACCAGUCUAUGCUCUACCGCAAGGCAUCACCUCACGCUCCUUCGCCUUAUCUCAUCCGAAGGCUGCGAGAGUACGAAGCUCUCCACAAGAAAUGCGCUCCGAACACCCAUCUCUACAACAAGUCCAUAGAGCAGUUGAAGUCCGGCCGCAGCAACGGCCCCAUGGAGUGCAACUACGUGGUUUGGAUCCCUCACAAUGGCCUCGGCAACAGGGUGCUCACCAUCGUCUCCUCCUUCCUCUACGCUCUCCUCAACAACAAGGUUCUGCUGCUCCACAUCCCCAGCGACUUCACCGACCUUCUCUGCGAGCCCUUUCCGGGGACUUCGUGGGUUCUGCCUUCCGACUUCCCCGUCCACAACUUCCUCGACUUCGACAAAGGGACUCCUCAGAGCUACGGCAACAUGCUCCGCAAUAAGGUCAUCGACGACGAGAUGCUCUCAGGUUCUUCCAAUGCUACAUUGCCGGCUUACGUCUACCUCCACCUGCCCUGGUACUACGACCAAUGGGAUAAGCUGUUCUUCUGCGGCGACGCGCAGCUGAUGCUUCGGAGGAUCCCUUGGCUGCUGCUGAAAUCAGACCACUACUUCGUGCCGUCCCUGUUUCUACUGCAAGAGUACGAGGAGGAGUUGCGGCAGCUUUUCCUGGAGAGAGCGACCACGUUCCACCACCUCGUUCGGUAUCUUGUGCACCCGACCAACGUCGUGUGGGACUACGUCACCAAGUAUUACCGUGCUCAUCUUGCUGCGGCUGACGAGACGUUGGGCAUCCAGAUCCGAGUCUUCCACAACUUCCCCGUUCCGUUCGAGUCGAUGCUGCGUCAGGUCAUUAACUGCUCGCUCAGUGAAGGCAUUCUGCCGGCGGUGAACCUUCAGGAGUGGGCGGCACCAGCUUCGAAGACCGACAUGAAAGUGAAGGCCGUCCUGGUCGCUAGCUUGUUUUCCGGAUACGCCGAGAGGAUCCGAGACAUGUACGCCAAGCAUCCCACGACGACCGGCGAGUUGGUCAGGGUGCACCAGCCGAGCCACGAGGAGCAGCAGCACACGGAACAGCAAGGCCAUAACAUCAAGGCGUUGGCAGAGGUGGAGCUUCUGAGUUUCAGCGACGCCCUGAUCACCAGCGCGUGGUCGACGUUCGGGUACGUGGCGCAGGGGCUCGGGGGCCUGCAGCCGUGGAUUCUGCUCCGGCACACGCAGUCGGACCUCCCAUGCCGCCAGGCUAUGUCGUCGGAGCCAUGCUAUCUCAUGCCUCCCCCUUACCCUUCCACCCAUUGCUCCAAGGAUCAUGGCGACGCCGGCGAAACGGCUGCGGCCAGGCAGUAUGUUAGGCAGUGCGAAGAUGAACUCGGAGGCAUUAAGGUUUUCGACUAGAAUACACACAUACCCCUCGAAACUUGCCGAUUUUCGUAUUUACCCUCCACGUUUGAGGGUAUUUGAUCAUUUCCCCUAUAUCUCAAGAACAUUUCAUUGGUUGAGUAAUGUUAGCAUAGUGAUGUCAAAACUUUA